AUGGAAAAUCUCAAGAGCAUGACAGAUGGAGCACACAGUGGCCUUGAGGCUGAUGACCCCGAUCUUUAUGGGGAAAAGCCUAGUUCUCAGGAACUGAAGCAAUCAGCCAUACUAGAGUGCCUGAGACACUGGCAUCAACACUGGAACAAAUGCUUAUUUAUUUCUCAAAUUUCCAAACCUUGGACAGAAGGUCUAGCAGCCUGCUCUAUAAAAGAUGCCACUUUGUUGCACAUUGAAAAUAAAGAAGAACUGAGAUUCGUGCAGAACUUUAUAAAGGGGAAAGAACAGCUAUUUUUUAUUGGACUAAAUUAUGUACAAGAGGAGAAGGUCUGGAAGUGGAUAAAUGGCUCUAUUUUAAAUCCUGACUUAUUACAAAUCACUGGCAAGGAUGAAGAAAACAGCUGUGCCAUCAUCUCACACACAGAAGUGUUUUCAGAUUCCUGUUCUUCAGACAACCAUUGGAUCUGCCAAAAGACCCUGAAACAUGUCUGAAACCCUGUGUUCUGACUCCUGAUUGUGAAUCUCAUCUUGUUUACUUUACUGUCCACAUCAGAUUUCUGCACCAAACGCCGUCUGCUGUUGGACCAUCCAGUGCAUAUGUAGUGGCAUAAAGCAUGGACUCCAAAACCACUGGGACUUUUACAGAUGCUCGUGUCCAGAUUUUGUGUAAUGUAAAUGUACACAGACACAGAUGUGACAUUCUAGGAGAGGAGUUUUACAGAAGGAAGCCCAGGCCAGCAGGGGGCACUGGAGGCCUUGUGUGGCCCUUGCUCAUCUCUGUGUCUGAGGUCAUUUGCAGACAGCUGCAGAAAACUAUAAAGUCUGGAUUUUGACCCCAUCCCCACUUCAAGCCAUUUCACAUUUGGGCUAUAGAACCUUGAUUCAAGUCUUGCUCUUGACUGACAGCAGAGGCUCAGCAUUAAUGAGCUUGAGGUGGGAAGGGUUUAUAUUGAUUGACACUUGCAAAUUUGUUGAUUAAUAAUGGACUAAUGUUGUGAAAAUGAGUGUGACUUUAUGCAAAUUGAGGUCUGUUCAUAUGAUACCUCCCACUCUAUGAUGGUAUACCAGCAGACCCUGGGCAGAUGCUGGUCCAUUGAUGCUGGGCUUCUCAGUCUUCUGAGCUGUGUGAAAGUGGGCUCCCUUCUCCAGUUUCCUGUUACAACAACAACAACAACAACAACAACAACAACAACAAGAAGACUUAGACAAGGGCUUGUCUUUUCCCUCUGUCCACAGGCAUCCCACUCUAAUUUUCUAAUCACUUCUUUCAUCCACAUCUCUCUUUAACUUAUGGCUUAUGUAAAAAUUGUAGCGAAAUUUUCAAAAUUAAGUAUUCUGAUACAUCUUUUGGAUGUCUGCUUCUGUAAAAAACAAAACAAAACAAAACAAACAAACAAAUAAACCAAAA